GCUUUUAGCCAACCUUACGAUUCAGCUUAGCAUGUGAGUGGCGUUGGAGCAUCUGUUGUAUGCGCAGAGCCAUCUAUUAAAGAAGAAGAAGAAGAAGUAAACCCAACCUGGAGCUCAGUAGUACGGCAGAUAACGUCCUAAUGUUUAUAACAAUACGGGCUUACGAUUGGUAUAAGUUUUUAACUGUAAUAACUUAACCAGUCAUGAUUGAAAGUGAGAAGAAUAAUUAAAUGUGAUUGAUCUAUUUGUUAUACCUGGAAAUUUAUGACAUCUGUGUGGAUAUGGAGUAGUUAAAUGACAUUUUUGCAACAUAAUUCAGAAACAGAUAAAAAGAAUAUUUAUGUUCAAAAAUUAAAAACUUUGGUUUAAUGCAUUAAUUUUACAUAUGUACACACACACACACACACUCUUACACAAGACUCAUUAAUGAAAUUCAUCAUAUUUGUAUAUUCAUCAUAUUGUAUACAAUAACUUGGUGAUAUUUGCACUUAGAAUUCUUUAAAGUUCAAAAUGCUACGUUCAAUUUUAUUCAGAGGGCCAAUGUUAUUAAGUAUAUAUCCAUUUAAUAUAACAUCUAAUGAACAGUACGAUAGGCCUGUUAAUAAAAAGCCAAUAAAGCUAUUGGAAGAUGAAAUGGGUUGGGACAGAGUGAAGAAGAUUUUUUGUCUGAAUGAAGAAGGUCUGUUUACAAAAGAAUUACAAUCCAUCACAAAUGUGACAUUGACAGGAGGUCUAAUUGGUCUAGUAAUUGGUGGUAUAUCUGCAACUAAAAAUACUAUAAAUAACUUCAUCUCAAGUAAUGAAGCAACAAGGUUUAUAAACCAUUUUGAAGCAAAGAAGCAUCUUCAACGAGAAGUUUUUCUAACUUUUGUAAAAAAGGGUGCAGUGUUGGGAAAAAAACUUGCGACAUUUUCUUUCAUAUUCAGUGCUCUAGCAACAUGCACAACAGCAUAUCGAGCAAAGAUAGGAGUAGAAAAUUAUGUAUUUGCUGGUGCUGUAACAGGAUCAUUAAAUAGAUUGAACUUGGGACCUCGAGCAUUGCUUGUUGGUGCUGGACUUGGUAGUACACUGGGUGCCGUAUAUGGUACUGUAACAGUUCUUCUACUUUAUUUGACAGGAACAACUAUAGAUGAAAUAAUGCAGGUGCAACAAGACUGGGUAAUAUCGAGGAAUAUGGAUAUAGAAGAGAAAAUAAGAAAGUAUGCAUCUGAAGAGGAAGAAUCUGAAAUAAAAAAAUUAUUCGUAACAAAUCAGGAAAUACGAGCAUGGGAAGAAGAAUAUCAGAAAGCCAAAAAAGAAAGUGGCUCCUAAUACCUUGUUAUUAUGCAAAUAAAUGUUAUACAUAGAUAUCUGUGAGUUUAAAAUAUUUAUUAUACAUUUAUCGGCAAUUGUCUUUGAGUUUUAUGAAGUUUCCAAAUAAUUUGAAAAUAUCUCCAAAAAACCAAAGAAUCGAAAUCACAAAUGUAAAUACACAAAGCAAAUAAAGUAAAACGAUUAAUGAU